AUGGAAUUCAUACACUCUGGCUUUGAAGAGCUACACAUUACGGAAUUAGGAGGCAGCAAUGGGGGGGUAGGCCGUCCCUGGCCACCCGCCAAUCACCCAAACAAAGUUGACAAAUCUAAAAACCUCCAGGCCGAGAGGCGGCGGCAGCAGAAGCUCAGCAACAGGCUCCUCGCGCUCCGUGGAUUAGUCCCAAUCAUAACAAAUAUGAACAAAGCAACCGUCAUUGAGGAUGCAAUCAAUUACAUAAAGGAGCUGCAGAAGAAUGUGAGGGAUCUCAGUGAGCAGCUUGUUGAAUUGGAAACAUCUUCGGAAGAGGAAGCUGAGCCCAGAGGUGCUGAUCAUGGUCAUGAGAUUGAUGCUGCUGAGGAGAUGAAGAAACAUGAGAUAAGGGCAGGUGUUGAGGAGAUUCGCAUUGACGAGAACAAGCUGUGCGUGAAAAUGAUCUUUCAGAACAAAAGAGGUGGGCUGAGCAAACUGAUGGAGGGCAUUAGGCUUCUUGGCUUGGAGUUCACAGAUACCAGUGUUACUACGUCCAAAGGAGCUAUUCUUGUUUCUUCUUGUGUUCAGGGAAUGUAUGGGGCAAAGCUUGAAGCUCAGCACACCAGGGAGCUGCUGCAAGAGAUUAUUGGAGGCAUAUAA